AAAUGGUUCGACAAAGACCCCCCGAUUCAUGGCGGAGGGGCAGUGACCGCUGCCGACCACCGCCCGCGCCGCCGCGCAGCUGCCGACCACCGUCCACCGGAGUUCGCCCGCCGCGGCGGCAGCCGGAAGAGGCGUAUCCGCUGAGACAGCAAGGGUGAGUUUCUUUCUUUCUUUCAGAGAGAUAGAUAGAGAGAGAGAGAGGGGAAAUAAUCUUAGCGUCCAAGAUCAUUGUGCGUCGAAAAUCUUCCCCGUCUCGUCUCCGCUCCCUGCGGCCUGCGCCGAUCUCCCAUCUCGCGGAGCAGGUCGCGUCCUCUUCCUGCGUCCUGGCCUCUUUUGUAAUCUAUUUAUGUUUUAGUGGAUUCCAAGCAAAAUGGCUGGUCAACCAAGUGGUGCUGACAAAGAAGUCAUCAACGAGCAAAUGGUUGCAAACAUGUAUGCCAACAUGCGCUCUGAAAUGAAUCAACUCUACUCCAAGAUCACAGAGCUGGAAAUGGAAGUCAGUGAGCACUCCCUCGUGAUCGGUGCAAUCGAGCCACUUGACCCCUCGAGGCGCUGCUACAGAAUGAUUGGGGGAGUGCUGGUUGAACGGACUAUCAAGGAGGUCUUGCCUGCAGUGCAACGCAACAAGGAGGGCCUCGAGGAAGUUGUUGCUCGCAUGAACGAGGCACUGGAGAAGAAGAAGAAGGAAAUCACGGAGUUUGAGCUCAAGUACAAGAUCAGAAUCCGGAAAGCAGAUAGUGACACCCAGGAAGAAGGCAGCAUGAAGGAAGGAUCUGCGCAGGGUGUUCUUGUAGGCCCUGCCUCUGGGCAGUAGAAGUGAUAAAAUUACAUUGUUCCUUAUAAACUGAAAUUUCUCCCUUUUGAGUCCAGUUUUAUAGGGACACGCAUGAUCCAAUGUUCUGCUGUUAUUUUUGGCAAAUCUGGUUGAAUUUCCAUGUUACGUGCUAUGUACCAUACAUCUUUGACACUAGACUUUAUCCAAUGGUAUUGUUAUCUGACCAGUUCCCCAGUC